GCUCGGCUGUGCUACUUUCUAUGAUCCCGUAACAUAUAUAUAUGUAUGUCGGGUACGCUCUAUUACUUCCAUUUGCCUAUCUUGGCUUUUGUGUUUCAGACCAGACAGCAGACGUUCUCAUCAUUAUUCUACCACCCUUCUCACCAUCAACACUGUUCACCUUUGUCCUCCUUCUACCCUCACACAUAACACACACAACCGUCAGUCAACCACUCAGCAAAAAAGACCAAAAUGGAGCGUGGUCAAAUCCGCCCACAAACCCUCGGCCUCUAUGUAGCCCUCUUGGGCAUGCUCGGCCGUGCUGACGCCUGGUGGGGUGCCGGAGCCCCCGAGUGCGCACAACCCUGCCUCUCCUCAGCUUGGUCCGCCGCCAGCACCAGCUCCUGGCCCGCCCCAACAGAUUGGUGCGCCGAUUCCUCCAAGAACUCCGACAUACAAUCCCGAAUCGACGCCGCCUCCUCCUGUCUCGUCAGCGCUUGCUCCGCCACACCCACCGCUCACUCCUCUUACUCCUCCCUCUCUUCCUCUCUCUGCGCCCAAUAUUCUUCCUGCUCCGCCGCCGGUUCUACCGGCGUAUUUACCGUCUCCCUGCCCGCCUUUACGGGAGCCUGGGACGGCGGCCACGGCGGUAACGGAGGAGGCCCGAACGGACAAACCGGAAACUGGGGUCCCCACCACGGCUGGGCCGGCACGGCCACCUGGACCGGCGGCGUGUAUACCGUUACCGGGUGUGAAUGGGACGGGUCACCGUGGGCUGGCGGGCCUUGGGGAUGGGGUCACGGCCCCAAUAGUGGUGGUGACUACGGCAACGGCCAACCCCACGGCCCCUGGGGCGUGUGGGGAGCAGGCUGGACGAUGACGAGCACGGGGACAAAGACCGUCACGGCUGUGCAGACGAUCAGCAAGGAUGCGACGGGUGGUGCUGGGAGUUUGACGACGGUGGUGGAGCUGGCGACGGUGGGGUAUGCGGUUAAUGAGGAGAGUAAGGCGGAGGCGACGACGGUGUUGGGGGUUGUGGAGGCUGCUGCUAGUACCACUGGUAGUAGCAAUGGUGCGGCGAGUGUUGGUGCGGGUGUGGGAGUGAAGGUUGGGGCGGCUGUGUUGGGGUGUGUUGUGGUGGUUGUUGGGUUGCUUUGAUUUUGAUUUG